UUGACAGUUCGAUUAGUGCCGGUGAGAAGUAAAGCGGGAUAGAUUUCAACGAGUCGACUUGAGAGUACGGAAAAUGUCCGCGUUUUUGUGCGUUUGUUGGUGAUUUAUUCUAUUUUCUAAAUGUUUUAAUGAUAUUCUACUGUAUAAAGUGAAAAUGGCGAACAGAUCGAAAUUAACGCUAGAUUGGAAGAAACGGGUGAAAUCUGAGUACAUGAAAAUUAGGGCCAGCAAGCGACACAAGCGAGCGGAUGAGGUAAAGGCUGCUUGGAAUCGAAAUCGUCAAAAACUUUUGGAGCUUCUGGUAAAGGAAAACGACACUUGGUUGACGACAAAUGCCGUUUGGACACAGAAUGAAGCUGAGCUUCCGCAUGUGGAAUGCAUGAAAAAAGCAGAAGUCAUUAACCACGAAGGAGUUCAUCAGACUGUUCCGAUCCGGGUGAUUAGUGCGGUCACUCCGAUACCUACAAUGUACACUUGGGCUCCGACUCAGCAAAACUUUAUGGUAGAAGAUGAAACUGUCCUGCAUAAUAUCCCCUAUAUGGGCGAUGAAGUGCUAGAUCAAGAUGGUUCGUUUAUCGAAGAGCUGAUCAAAAAUUAUGACGGAAAAGUACAUGGUGACAAAGAAGGAAGCUUUAUUGACGAUUCUAUUUUCGUGGAACUGGUUCACGCGUUAAUGCAGUACACUGGCAGGGAUGUUGAUUCUAACAGCAAUGACAGCUCGAAGUCGGUAAAGAGUACAUCGAAAAACACAUCGGAAGAAACAAUUAAAGACCCACAGCCUUCCAGUUCUCGAACGAAAUCGAAACCAGACAAAGACGAAAGUACGAGUGAAGUCUCGAAAGACGAUACCCUUCCGAAAUUCAAGUUGGAACCAUUUGUUGUUGUGAAAAAGGAAGUCAUCGACGAGAAACCAUUUCCAUCGCCGAUCAUUUUUCAAGCUAUCAGCUCUCAAUUUCCGGAGCAUGGUACACCGGAAGAGCUGCGCGAAAAGUACAUCGAACUGACUGAACGUGUCGAUCCGGAACGACCCCCAGAGUGCACGCCCAACAUCGACGGGAAGCGAGCUGAGUCCGUGUCUCGCGAGCAAACACUCCACUCUUACCAUACUCUCUUCUGCCGACGUUGUUUUAAAUAUGAUUGUUUCUUACACCGAAACCCACUUGUUGGCGAGCCGCCAAAUCGUCUGCAAGCGUGUCAUCCCGGUCCCAAUCUGCAAAAGCGACGCUGGCCGGAAUUAAAACAAUCCGCGAAACCUUGCAGUGCAUCUUGUUACAUGCUGUUGGAAGGAAUGAAGGAACGUCUGGCGGUGGACAAUAAAAACAAAACUCCAAUGGAUUCCGGCAACGAAGCCAGUUCCGAGGAUAGCAACGAUAGCAGCCGUUACAGCAAGGAAGCGCCCUUCGGUAGCAAAGAGGGAACCACUAGCGGUUCCAACGGGCAACGUUCCGGCAACGAUUCUGUCAACAAUUCGGCCAAUCUUCUUACGCUGUUGGGUUUAGCGGAUGAAGAGUGGAACGGUUCGGACAAAUCGUUCUUCCGGACGUUACAGAAAACUUAUUUGAACAAUUAUUGUGCGAUUGCCGAGGCGAUGUUGAUGAAAACCUGUCAGCAGGUGUACAUGUUUGCCCAGAAGGAGGCGGCAGACAUUCCGUUGAUUGAAACCAACAAGGAUAACACACCACCACGGAAGAAGAAAAAGAAACACCGGUUGUGGUCCAUGCACUGUCGAAAGAUUCAAUUGAAAAAAGAUUCCAGCUCGAACCACGUGUUCAAUUUUACACCUUGCGAUCAUCCUGGACAGUGCGAUGCAAAUUGUCCUUGUAUUGGAGCGCAAAAUUUCUGUGAAAAAUUUUGCAACUGUAGUAGCGACUGUCAGAAUCGAUUUCCCGGUUGUCGGUGCAAGGCACAGUGCAAUACCAAGCAGUGCCCGUGCUAUUUGGCUGUUCGUGAAUGCGAUCCCGAUCUGUGUCAGACUUGCGGUGCGGAGCACUACGAGAUAUCGAAGAUCACAUGCAAGAAUGUCAGCGUACAACGAGCGUUACAUAAACACUUACUAAUGGCACCGUCGGAUGUCGCUGGAUGGGGUAUAUUCUUGAAGGAGAGUGCCCAGAAAAACGAGUUCAUUUCAGAGUAUUGUGGGGAAAUUAUCUCGCAGGACGAGGCCGAUCGACGGGGAAAAGUUUACGACAAAUAUAUGUGCAGUUUUCUGUUCAAUCUCAACAAUGACUUUGUAGUAGAUGCUACACGCAAGGGAAACAAGAUACGUUUCGCCAACCAUUCCAUCAAUCCGAAUUGCUAUGCUAAAGUAAUGAUGGUCAAUGGUGAUCAUCGGAUUGGCAUCUUCGCAAAGCGAGCCAUUCAGCCGGGGGAGGAGUUGUUCUUCGACUAUAGAUACGGACCAACCGAGCAGCUUAAGUUUGUCGGCAUUGAACGGGAAAUGGAAUUUCUCUAGUUCGAUCAAUUGUUUCUUGACAAUAUUUUCAAUUGAUUGACUCUCGCAGAGUUGCAGGACUAAAAACGAAGAAAUAAACAUUUUUACUUUUACAUUAACAA